AUGAGAUCUUUUAUUACCACCAACGACGUCCCCGUUGGCUACGAAACCCCUUCAUUCCCAUCGCUUUAUUGGCCUACAGAAAGCAGGACUUCAUUACACGUUAUUUAUGACGUUAGUGCUAUUUGGAAAUUCACAUUAUACUGGUCAUUAAUAUUCAAUUUUGGGUUUUACGCAUUAACAGGGUUAUGGGCAAGUUUUUCACAUAGAAAGCAAGCAGGUGGAUUAUGGAUAAUGGCGCUUUAUUGCACAUAUGGAGGUGUACAAGGAGUUGCAGUUGGUACAAUUACAGGAUUUUUGAUUGGUAACAUCUAUUCAUCGGGACUUUUCUCAAUGUCGACAUGGAUUCCUUUUUGUUGUGCGGUUGCUCAAGUCUUAUACGAUUUUACAGCUAGUUUUAGUAGUUCCGCAUCAAUACUGUAA